AUGUUUCACCACCUGAAACAACACCAUCGCGUGCUGCAUGAAGAGUGCAUGAAAAUGAGAGAAACACCGGGGACUUCUCAGUCAUCCCAAAAUAAGCCAAAGCAAAGUUUGAUUGCUGACUCGUUCAGUAGCGUUACGCCGUACGAGUCGACGUCCACCAGACACAAAGAAAUUACAGACGCUAUAACAUACCACAUUGCAAAAGACAUGGUACCCAUGUACACAGUCUCAAAAGAAGGCUUUAAAAAAAUGGUUCGGACGCUGGACAAGCGUUAUAAAAUACCAUCCCGAACACAUUUUAAUCAACUGGCCAUCCCGAAACUUUAUAAUGAGUGUAAAAUGAGUGUUGAAUCCGAGCUCUGUGAAAUCGAUCAUUUCGCCACAACCACGGACCUGUGGACAACUGAGCCAUACAUAAGUUUAACAGUCCAUUUUAUCACAACAAACUUCGAACUCAAGACCCACUGUCUGCAGACAUCAUUCUUCCCCGCGGAGCAUACCGGGGAUAAUAUAGCAGAGGAGAUGAGAGGUGCGUUAGCAGACUGGAACUUGAAGGAGGACCAACAAGUUUGCGUGACAACUGAUAAUGCGUCGAAUAUGAUAAAGGCUAUGGAGGUGAAUGGCUGGACGCGCCUUCAGUGCUUCGGACACAGGCUACACCUGGCAAUAGAAAACGCAGUGAAAGGUGACAGCCGGAUCAGCCGUGCAACAUGUGUCUGCAAAAAGUUGGUGUGCCACUUCUCACAUAGCUGGAAAAGGAGAGUGGCACUUGAGCAAGCCCAGAAGCGCCUCAACCUUCCAGUCCACGAACUCAUCACUGAGUGUCAAACUAGAUGGGGGUCUAGGGUGCUCAUGAUUAACAGGAUUCUGGAGCAGCAGAAAGCACUCCACGAGGUCCUCUCAGAGGACAGAAACACCCGGCACCUAAUUCUUGGAUAUCAAGAUCUAGAUGUGCUGGAGUCAGUAAGCAAGGCACUGGGACCACUGCUUGAAUUCACGGAUGCUCUGUCAGGGGAGGAUUACGUUAGUGUUUCACACAUCAAACCAGUACUCAGCCUGUUUAACACAACCAUCUUGGCACCAGUGGAGGGUGAUACAGACAUGACCAAGUCCUUAAAAAAGAAAAUUUUGGAGUACUUGAAAAGCAAGUAUGAAGAGAGAGUUACACAAGAGCUCUUGGAUGUGGCCUCCUUCUUAGAUCCAAGAUACAAGACACAAUACAUCAGUGACAACGACGUCCCUAUCAUCAAAGCCAGACUGGUGUCAGAGAUGAAGAUGAUGGAACACAAGGUAAAAAUAAUGGUUAGAAUGGAGUAA